CCCCGCCUCCUUCGUCUUCUUCUGCAUAAUUUUCCUCCUCAUCGCUUUCAACACCAAAACCUUGGGAAGCUUUGAGCUCUCAAAACCUCAAAUUCUCUCUGCAAUACAUUCAAGAACUCACACCCUCUUGUUAUGGUUCACACCCCCCAAACGCAACUGGCAAAAAUAUUAUUUAUUUAUUUCCCGCCAUAUUAUUUGUUUGAAUUUUCUUCUGAUGACUAGUAUGUGAAUUUCUGGUCUGGUUGGUUGAAAUUCACGAAAAAAAUGGAGAGAUUUUCGCAGAGAGAGAGUGUUCUUUUGGGGUAUAGUCCUCGAGGGUCUCUCACGAACUCUUCAUCUUUGUCAAGGACGCCUUGCAGAGGCUCGGACUUUGAUUUUCACGAUGUGUUCGGAGGGCCGCCGAGGCGGGCGUCGGCGCAAGAGAAGCGGUGCAGUUUCAGCGAAGCCGCGGAGUAUUAUGGAGAAGGUGGUGGUGGUGAUGAUAAAGCGCUUUCAUGUACGCGUGUUGGGGAGAAGCCGGUGUUUGGGGAGGAAAAUGCGAACCGGAGGCGGUAUCCAAGCGAUGAUUUCUUCGACGACAUUUUUCGAGGCGACGAGUCGUUGAGUUCUACUCCGAGGAAGCGCGAUAGGGGGGACCCUUUUGCUUCGGGGCCAGGUUCGCGGGUUCUGAGCCCUGCCCGCCCACUCCCACCCAAAGCCGAGCCCUUUGGGAGUUCGUCAAUGCCUCCCCAACUCAGCCUACCAGCCAAAUUGGCCAAAGGGAUGGACUUGGAUGUAUUUGGUUCAAGUACAACGCGUAAUCCAUCUAAAUACAAGGACAGUGCAUCCAGUGGGGUUAGCUUUUCUUCUUCUUCAAGUUCCAAUCUUUCUAGAUUUUCAAGCCAAUCAAUUCAAAGCCAAGAGGAGAUGGGAAAUGAUGUUCAAUCAUGUCAUCGCCAACGCCCUUUAUCCCGGGAGGUCUUUCUUAGCAGGGAAGAGUCAUCAAACUCGAUUAAAUCUGAUAGAAUAGACCCAGAAGGCAUCAUGAAAAAGGAACCCAGUGGUUCAGAGGUUCCAACCGACGGCAGCCAAUUUCACUUCUCAAUAUAUAAAUGGGCUAGCAAAGGAGUUCCAUUGGAGAUGCCUUUGAGAGGAGGCAGUACUAGUUUAAGAAUGAAAGAAUCUGUGAAAUUUGAGAGAUGCUCGAGCUGGAAUAUGUGGCUAGCAGGUGAGGAUAAGGCGAGGGUGUCACCGACAAAGUCCUUCAGGACAGAAUGGAACAGACAAGAAAAUGAUUCAAUUCUUCUCACACCUGAAUCAGAAACCCCGAGCAGCCUCCAAAGGGUUGUUGAAGAUGUUCCUGGUAAUGCAAUCUUGCCCGAGAAAGAAAUUACUGUGCUUACAGAAGAAGUUCACAAGCCUGCAUUGAAACCCCCGUGUUCCCUGUUCUUUGAUGACGAUUAUGAACAAGGCACCAAUGGAAUCACUGAGAAAGGUGAAGAUAAGGAAAGCACAGUUAAAAGCGCAAAAAUCCCAUCUUCAGUUGUUGAUGCAAGUCAAAAUGUAAAGAAACAAGAUGGAAAAAGAACUGCCCUGAAUGAUGUAGAAGCCGAUAAAGCUAGUUUCCAAGAUUCACCCAUUCACCCAGGUGACAAUCUUGGGAGGAACAGAGUUAAGGGAAAGGUCAAAGAAUUUGUCAAAAUUUUCAGCCAAGAAGCUUCUCCAAAGCCCAAAGAAGAUAUUGGCUCACGAAGCCAGAGCUCAAAAUGGAAGAAGAGAGGCAAUUACAGAGAAGGGAAUGAAGUAAGUGUUAAUGCAGCUGGAUUAGAUGAGAAAAUUCCCAGGCCCCAUGUAAACAACACAAUCCCAGAGGCUUCCAUCAUGGCGGAUGAAUAUCUGAAACAGUCAAAGAAAGAACAUUCUGCUAUAAAGACCACCAACCAUAUAUCUAGUGAUACUUCGUCAGGAGAAAAGGAUAACUCAUCAUCAACUACCGCAUCAAUUUCUAAUGGCUCAAAGGCUACAGCGGAAGACACAGUUGAGUCCUUCCAAGUGAACUUCCUGAUAAAGGAAUUAACCCAAGGUGCGAAUGAACUGCCACAAAGUGGUGAUGAUCAAGAAGAAAUUCAGGUUAUUGAUGCUAAAAUACGACUGUGGUCCAAUGGAAAGAAAGGAAAUAUACGCUCGUUGCUAUCAACUUUACAAUAUGUUCUUUGGCCUGAGAGCGGGUGGAAGCCUGUACCUCUUGUUGAUAUAAUUGAAGGAAACUCUGUGAAAAGAGCGUAUCAAAAAGCUUUACUCUGCCUGCAUCCAGAUAAGCUACAGCAGAAGGGUGCUGCUUCGAAUCAAAAGUACAUUGCAGAAAAAGUUUUCGAGAUUUUGCAGGAGGCUUGGAAUCAUUUUAACUCACUUGGGUAAUUGUGACUUUCAGUCCUCUUUUACCACAAUCUCCUUUCAUUCAGGAGGGCAAUAUUCCGUCUGUCAACAAUAUAAAAUACCAUUUUGACUGUGGACAGGUUAUGUUGGUACUAUAGCAGAAAAAAUGAUUUCAAAAAACACUCUCACCACAAUUUUCUUCUACUCUUUUACCUUUAAAGCACAUUGCAGUUACUGUGUAGUUAGUUGAUGGUUUUAGUUACGUAUAUGGAAAGAAUAUGUGUUGUGUUGAAGACUUCCUUUUCUUUCUGCCAAUCAGUUGAGCUCAAGAAUUUGUUUCGCAAACCUUUUUCCUUAGACAUUGUAAUUGAUGAAUGUUUGGUAUAAAAAAGUAAAAAAGUUUUGUUGUGUA